AUGCUACUCUCUCCAGUACGCACGAAGUGGGUAACGGGGGACCGCUGUUUCCAUUCUCUUCCUGAAAAUACUCUAAUAAAUUUACCACGAGCUGUCGGCCUUCUCCAUCGAUCAUACUUUACCUGAGCAGUCUAUACUGCAUAGCGGUUAGAGACAGGAUAGAGCAAAUCAGGAAAUCCAUAGCCACCUCAAGUGACACCAAUGCCACGGCUGGAAUAUGCUGCCAAGCAAAUAAUACCCAAAACGGCAUACCUUCUGGUAAAUAUGACUCAAAAACUAAAUUGGCCCCUAUAAAAAAAAUCGUCGCUUCAAUGCAAAACAAGCUCUAGUUCAUUUUCGGCGAUUUCUCGUUUUUCAGACGAUUUAUUCAGUUGAAAAUAGGAUAGCC